UGUAAUGCCAGAUUUUGUGCCAGUCAAUUGGAGAAGCAUGAUUCAGUUUGUCCCUUCAAGAUAAUUCCAUGUGAGCAGCAGUGCUCUGACAGCAUCAUGAGACGCGAGAUGGACAGGCAUUGCAUAACUGUCUGCACAAUGAAGCUUGUGAACUGCCCUUUCUAUGCACUGGGUUGUCAAUCCACUUUACCUAGCUGUAUGAUUGAGCAACAUUGUUCAGAUGCCAUCCAUUUUCACUUGCUACAUGUUCUUCAAGUUCUUCACAAGGAAGCAUCUGAGGAUAAUCUGAAACGACGGGUGGAGCAACUAGAACAGGCAGCAUCAUCUAGUCGGCUAGCUGAAGCUCAAGAGGUGAGAUCUUUAAUCUCCAAGGUCAAGGAUCUUGAAGCAAAGCUGGGGCCGUUAGAAGUCGACAUCAAGAACAAGGAUAGCGACGAGAAUGUGGAGAUUUCAAAUAUCUCAAAUGCCUUGGAUGAAGCCCAUAUCAACAAGGACAGUCAAGAGAGAUUGGGGGCUUCAAAUACAGUAAAUGCCUCAAGCGAAGCUGAAAGUCUAAGUUAGACCUGGCAAUUAUGCUUUAUGUUUACAAAAAAUCCUAUUCAUCAUGAAAUGAAAAUCUUUCACCUUGCCAGAAAACAAACUUACUUUUUUUUUUUUCAAGGACUAACAUCAUUUGAUCCAUAGCUAUUCCAGUUUAAGAUCUUGAGGUUCCUUUUCCCUCCUGUACCUAUUUCGUUUUCUAUAUUCCAAAGUCAUCGACGACCUUAUGUUACCCAUGACAUUUGAUAAAGGACAUAAAUUUCUUACAAGCUGGUUUGUAGGAAACAGUCUUUGCAAUUUGUAGGAGUUUCUUACAACCCGAUUGAUGGGAAAUUUGUGUUCUUUGAUAAAUUGGGGAAACUGGUUCCUUUCACUCUGCAGAUAUGCUGCUACUGACAUUGUUCUCUUCUGCCUGCUGGUAAUAUGGUGUGAGAUGCCUUUCUAUCGGUGUAACUUCCAAAUUCAACAUAGCUGCAUGAUUCAAAUCAUUAAAUGAUAGAUCUUCUUUUGAGAGCUUCAGAAUGUUGAAUGGCUUGAAGAAUCAGAGGACUGCAUGUAACGCUGGUGUUGCUGAUGGUUGCGUGCAUUUUAGCUGCUUCUCUGAGCAUUGCUGCUUUCCUACUUGCACAUAUGGUCGUAUUCACAAGUUUGCUUAAACCCUUUCCUUGAACUCUAAAGAACUCCUCCCCCUCCCUCCCAUUGGACAUUUUUGAUUCUGUUCCUUCAUGUUUGUGUAUUCAUAGAGAGAAAACUCUUUUUUUUAUGGCCUUUUGUAUGGGUCUAAUAUUAAUGUGUAAAUCUUCAGAUGUU